CCCAAACCUUAUUGCGGGUGGUGAGUCCACUGGAAGGUACCCACCGCCCUAAUCGGGAUUCGAACUUGCCCAGGAGGUGAACCUUGGGGUUCACCUCCUGGGCAAUGAUAGAGACACUGUCUCUGGGCCAAAGCGCCACUGAACAAAUCUUUAAAUAAAAAAAACAACAACUAACAUUUGCAAAAAUUAUAUGCAUACACCCGGAAGGUGUUCUAUUAGAUUUCUAGUCCCCGAUGCUGUCUACUGCGCAUGCGUGUAAAACGCUUAUUCCAGUUCAUAAUAUCAGUGUAGCCCUGGGGGGAAAAAUAUUCCACUGUGGCUGAUCAAUUCUGACUUUGACAAUAUUCGACACCAUCCUGCAGUUACCAGCAUCAGUGAUGAUAAACAGCAACUGACCCUGACCACUAGUUAUUAGUGUUUAUUAGCGGUGAACUAGCAGUAACCAUCAGAUUCAACAAUGGACUGUUUGGAGGGUCCCGUUUCCUACUUGAGCUGGUCUCUGAUGAUCGGAAGUGUCCUCUACCUGUGGCGGCAGACACAGACUCACUCGGAGUACGGACGCUACAUAACCACUGGGGUACGCAGUUGUUCAGCCAGAGUGGGCUGGUUUCUUCAAGAGGUUCCUUCUUUUCUGCUGCCACUGCUGAUGAUACUGUUGCUACCCCCAAAAGAGGCACUAGAGCCCAGGAUCAUCAGUGGUAGGACGCUGCUGCUCAGCACCUUCAUGCUGCAUUACUUUCAAAGGAGUUUCAUCUAUGCCUUCCGGACCCGGGGUCGACCCGUGCCCUUCUAUAUCAUUGCACAGGCCUUUGUCUUCUGCUCUGUGAAUGGGGCUCUCCAGGGCCACGCCCUCCUGCACUGUUUCCAUAUCCAGAACACCUGGCUGAGUAAUGUCCGCCUGGCAGCAGGUUACUUCCUGUUUUUUGUUGGCAUGGGCAUCAAUAUCUACCACGACAAUAUCCUGCGCAACCUGCGAAAACCCAACGAGAUUGUCUACAAGAUUCCAUGGGGGGGUUUGUUUGAGUAUGUGUCCGGUGCAAACUUUUUUGGUGAGAUAGUGGAGUGGUGUGGUUACGCCAUAGCAGUAUGGAACUUUCCGGGAUUUGCCUUCACAUUCUUCACUCUUUGCUCCAUUGGGCCCAGAGCAUAUCACCACCACAGAGACUACCUGAGGAGGUUUGAUGACUACCCUCGCUCCAGGAAAGCUCUGAUCCCUUUUAUCCUGUGAUCUUAAUGUAGACAAAGCAGAGCGAUUCAGAACGUUCCCUUCUCUUUCACUAUUGUCUAUUGUUUUAAGAUCCAUAACUUACUAAAACCUGUUAAAACAUUUAUUUAAAUUGGGCUGCAUUUUACCAGUUCUUGCCAAAUGUUCUACAUUUUCUACAAAAUACAGUAAGUGUCCCUGG